GAGCAGCUCGCCAGUUGUUGGCUGUCGGCGCGUGGGUACGGCGUCAGGAGGAAGCGGAGGGUGAGCGCGCGUGGCUCCGUCUGCAUGCACGAGAGAGGUGUGAGUGUGGGUAAAUGCACUGGCACUGAUGAUGGAGCUAAAGGACAGCUGUGGCAGUGAGGGCAGCCACGAGACGGACAGUGGGGUUAUGGGUAGUCUUGGAGGCCCGUCAUCCUGGGACUCGUUCGCCCAGCGCAGUACGUUGCAUGGACUGCGCUUUGUUUUCCCCCACUCUUCCUCAUCGUCCCGUCGCUCUGCCCUGCGCCGGCUGAUCUGGAGCGCCGCCCUUCUGGCCUGCCUGGUGUUGUUGGUUCUGGAGAGUGCCGAGCGGGUGGCCCACUUCCUCCAGUACCCUCAUGUGACCAGCGUGGAUGCUGUAGUGUCCGGCAGCCUGGUGUUCCCAGCCGUCACUGUCUGCAACCUCAACGCCUACCGCUUUACGCGACUGACCCGUAACGACCUGUACCACGCCGGAGAGCUGCUGGCCCUACUGGAUGUGCACCUUCAGAUCCCUGAGCCACAUCUGGCUGAGCCCCACGUUCUGACCUUCCUCACCGAGAAAGCCAACUUCAGCAACUUCAGGCCCAAGCCCUUCAGCAUGCGCGAGUUCACCGAGCGAGUGGGACACGACCUGAAGGAAAUGAUGCUUUACUGUCGCUACCAGGGUCAGGAGUGCAGCCAUCGGGACUUCAAAACCGUGAGUAUCUGCUGGGGACUUUUGCUAUUUGCUGCUAUCAAAGCUGAUCCGUUUAGUGAGUCGGGACGAGGCUCAGCCUCAUUCAGGGAACAGAGCUGGUGGGUCACCUCAGGUUCCACAGGCUUCAUCGCCCUUGAGCACCUGAGGUGA